UCAGAGUGUUGUGCACGUCUCUGUUAAAUCUUACGAACGAAGACACCGCGAUGAUCGGAGGAGAGAUCGUUUCCAAGUCGUCGUCUCCGUUCGAUUCCUUGCCGGAGGACUGCAUUUCAACCAUAAUCUCUUUCACAAAUCCACGCGAUGCCUGCGUCGCUGCUACGGUCUCGAAAACCUUCGAAUCGGCGGCAAAGUCAGAUAUCAUAUGGGAGAAGUUUAUUCCGGCGGAGUACGAAUCUCUGGUUUCUUCAUCGCGAGUUUUCUCAUCGAAAAAGAAACUCUACUUCUCUCUCUGUAACGAUCCUCUUCUCAUCGACGAUGGCAAAAAGAGCAUAUGGUUAGAGAAAUCGAGUGGGAAGAGGUGUAUCAUGUUAUCUCCGCUGAAUGAUUUCUCAAUAGCAUGGGGAGAUGAUCCUCGCUAUUGGCAAUGGAUUCCAUUUCCUGAAUCUAGGUUUGAAAAAGUAGCGGAGCUUGUUUUUGUAUGUUGGUUCGAUUUUCGUGGGAGAGCGAACACUCGUGUCCUGUCUCCAAAAACUCGUUACUCUGCUUACAUUGUGUUCAAGAAAGGGGAUGAAUUUUAUGGGUUUACGGAUAAGGCCAUAAAAGCUGUUGUUGGGAUAGUGGGACAGGAACCUUCUAGAAGAGAUAUAUGCUUUGAUUAUGAUGAUGAUGUCGAUGUAGGGUUUACAAGGGGAGAGAGAGGGAUGAGGCACCUAGUGAAACCUGAGGAGAGAGAUGACGGGUGGAUGGAGAUUGAGCUUGGAGAAUUCUUCAAUGAAGGUGGUUUAAUUAAUAGUGAUGAGAUUGAGAUGGGUGUUUUAGAGACUACGCGUCUCGAUGGGAAGUAUGGCUUGAUCAUCCAAGGUAUUGAAAUCCGUCCUGCAAGAAUCCAGUAAUUGAUCGAUGGUUCAUCUAUUUGUAUUAUUGUGUCAUGAGUUGAUUAUGCGAUGGAGUGAACAAAUUGGUAUAUUUGUAUUAAGUUGUGUUUGUUACAAUAAAUAACAAGUUUGCUAAAUAAGCUAAGCUCUUACUUUGUUCUUACUGUGAGGAUGUUACUUUGUUCAUUGUAAAAAGGUUUUUUGGUUGAGUAAAA